AUGUCAGCUUUGCAAAAUUUGAAGGAUAGAGGGCGCGCAUUUGUGCGUGCCCUAAAAUUAGUAUACCAGUUCAAGAUCGAAACACCAAUCCCUCUAUCCCCACUCAGAUCCCACGCACCGCUGCCCCUAACCUUCUCCUUCAAAACGAAAGAAACGCUCGAUGAUUCUUCCUCUACCGGUGGUCCCACCUCCGAAUCACUCGAGACUGAAAUUUUUGAGGACCGACUCUCGCAGGUACGUUUGUGUAAUCAGAGUGGCAAAGGGAAGAAAGUCGACCCAUGGAAGAGCAUGAAGGCUGGGAAGAAAUCCGGUGGGAGUUCAGGAUCUAGGGAAAACAUAUACCUCCCACUGGUGCCUUCGAAGGAUCCGAAUUCAGGAUGUGGGUUGAUUUGCGUUGGAGAUGGCGCUCCUGGAGAUGAGCUGCUUCCUCCUCCAAUAAGAAGCAGCGAGACCAACAUUUGCACUGGUUCUUUUGGUAUUGUUCAUUGUGCUGAUUGGAAUGGCUCUGAUGUUGCAGUGACAAUUCUUUUAGAACAAGAUUUUCAUCUAGAGAAUCUCUAUGAAAAAACAAGAAGGAAGGUGAAACGACAGCUGUCUCCUUAUCCAUUUCCAGGCCUUCAUCAAAUUAUAAUAAUAGGAUGCAACAAGCAAUUGGACCUCAAAAAGGAGGAUGAACUUGAGAAGAAGCUGAAGGAGUCCCACAUUUCAGAUGAUAAACAUGUCAUUAUCCCAAAUCACCUUCAUGUUCCUGAAGCCGAAAAACUCGGCUUCUGUUUUGGGAGUUUUGAUGCCAUUUUUGGUUUUAAUAAAACCCCCUCAAACUCAAAUGGUCCUGUGGCUAUGACCAUGAGUGAAAAGACGUCUGAAGCAUCUGAGGAGGCUGAUGAAACUAUAGAGGAUCAAAUGCAAUCCAGAAAUGAAAAUGCUGAUGGAGAGGAGGAUCAUCUUGAACAACCUACCACAUCUUCAUCUAAUGUACCCAAGAAUUUACCAACAGAAGGUGACAUGUCAUUGAAUGCGGGACCCGAGUGCAGAGAGUCGAAGCAAGAGACUUCUUCUUCUUCUUCUUCACUCCCUACUCCAAGUCAUCAAUACCCAGCCGUUCAUACAUCACCAAAUCCAAACUUCAGUUUUGGGUUCAUGGCACCAAUGAUUGGAAGCCAAGUUACAUCUUUUGAAAACACCAAGUCUCAGGCACACGAUGCUUCUCAUGUCCCAAGCUUUGUAGUUCAGCAACCGUUUGAUCCAGCAAGCUAUUAUGCUCACCUUUAUCGUGAGAGUGAUGGGCGCAUGUCACCUUUCCACUCAACCACAAAGUACAAUUGA